GGGGCGUGCGCGGAGGCGCGGAGGAGGCGCGGCUGUCGCGGGGCGCUAAGCUGGGCCCGGUUGCGGGAGAGGAGCGUGGCGCGCCUGGUGUAGGGCCUGCUGCUCCGAGGCGGCAGCGGCGGCGGCGGCGGCGGCAUGCGCGUGUGAGAUGCGGCCGCGGGUAGCCCGGACGCGAGCGGCGGCCCCCGGGGCAGCGGCGAAAGUGAGCGGCGCAGCCUCUUCAGAGCGAGGCGUGCGGUGCAUGAGGGCGAGCGCGCGGGCGCUGGGCAUCCGCCGGCCACGCCGCCUCCAUAAACACUUGUUUAGGACUUGUUCGCCUCGCUGAGGCUGCGGCGCCGGCCAUGGAGCCCCCGUGCGAACCGGAGCCCGAGCCCCAGCCCCUUGCAGAGGCCUCAGCCGCCGCUCCGCUGCGCUCACCAGAGGUGGCGCGGCUUCGCGAGGAGCAGGAAAAGGUGGUCACUAACUGCCAAGAGAAAAUCCAACACUGGGAGAAAGUAGACAAUGACUAUAGUGCUCUUCAAGAGAGGCUGAGGACCUUGCCUGACAAGUUGUCUUACGACGUCAUGGUACCAUUCGGCCCUCUUGCCUUCAUGCCAGGAAAACUUGUCCACACUAAUGAAGUCACUGUUUUACUUGGCGACAACUGGUUUGCAAAGUGCUCAGCAAAACAGGCUGUGGGUUUAGUUGAGCAUCGGAAAGAACAUGUAAGAAAAACAAUAGAUGAUUUUAAAAAAGUGUUGAAAAAUUUUGAAUCCAGAGUUGAAUUCACGGAAGAUUUGCAGAAGAUGAGUGAUGCUGCAGGUGAUUUUGUUGACAUAAGAGAAGAAAUUAAAAGUGACUUUGAAUUUAAAGGAAAACAACGGAUUGCUCAUAAACCUCAUUCCAAACCAAAAACUUCAGAUAUUUUUGAAGCAAAUUUUGAAAAUGGUGUAAAACCCAAGGAUACGUUUGAUGCUGAUGAACUGUGGGCUCGACUUGAAGAGCUGGAGAAACAAGAAGAGUUGCUGGGUGAACUUGAAAGUAAGUCUGAUACUGUGACUACAAAUGGAGAAGACACAGUGUCUUCUGAGGAGGAAAAGGAAGAUGAAGACACAGGUGUGAAUGUGGUGUCUCCAGUGACAGACUCCUCUGCCCCCAGCAGCUAUAAAAGGCAUGCUGGAAAUGCAGGACUCCCUAAUGGUCAAAUCAAUAGUCUCAACUAUUCAGUGAAUGGCUCAAAUUCUUACCACAACAACAAAGAAGAUGAAGAAGAAGAAGAUGAAGAAGAAGAUGAUGAAGAUGAUGAUAAUGAUAAUGAAAGUGACCAUGCUAUUUCAGCAGAUAAUUCUGUACCAACAAUAUAUUUCUCUCAUACUGUUGAACCUAAAAGGGUUCGAAUAAAUACUGGGAAAAAUACCACUUUAAAGUUCAGUGAGAAGAAAGAGGAAGCCAAACGGAAACGAAAGAGUGGUGCUGGCAGUCAUACUGCCCAUGAGCUGCCUGCCAUCAGGAGCCCUGCUGAUAUUUACAGAGUCUUCGUGGAUGUUGUGAAUGGAGAGUACAUUCCUCGGAAGUCAAUCCUGAAGUCUCGCAGCCGAGAGAACAGCGUGUGCAGUGACACGAGUGAGAGCAGCGCGGCCGAUGUGGACGACCGGCGGGGGCUCCUGCGGAGCACCAGCUCUGAGGAGGCUGUGGGUGCUGAUGCUGGUGGGAGCAGUUUGGAGGAACUCCAAGAGAACCACCCCAAGAAGCCUUUGCCCUCGGGCAUGUCUGAGGCUUUUUCUGGAACUGUAAUAGAAAAAGAAUUUUUAUCACCCUCCCUAGCACCACACUCAGCCACUGCUCAUCAUGCCCUCCCCACCAUUCCAGAGCGAAAAGAAAUUCUGUCAGAAGCAUCAGAGGAACCUGCAAAGAGGGUUUCAAAGUUCAGAGCUGCCCGGUUGCAGCAGAGAAGCUAGAGGGCAUGGACUCCGCCUGCAGCUCCAGCUGCACUUUAGGACACGUGGCCGAUUCUGCCAUGGAGUUGGGAAGGCGUCCUACUUGGCUGGGCAGAGGUCUCUCACCUUUAUCAGUGGCAUUGGGAAAGUCAAAGUAAAUGUUCGAAUGCUGUAAUGCUCUGCUGGCUUCGUUAAUUCUGUGACUACUGUCUAAUUGGCCUUAGGAUGCAGGAAUAGCAUUUUGAGUUACUUUUCAAAGAAUACUGUCAUAUAUUGUUUUUGUGUUUUCAGCUAAACACAGGCAGUUUUGUACCAGCUGUGAUGUUGUGCUUUCCAUAUGGACCAUGUUAAAGGAACUUUUAAAAUUUCAAAUAGAUUCAACAAUUAUAUUACUUGCUUUUACAUUUUAAAGGCACUUUAAAAAAAAGAUCUACAUUUCUUGUAGGUUUCACAGCUAGAU